AUGGGAGGUUUAAAUAAGCCUGCAAUUAUAUUGUUAGCUAUUGAGCACAUGUUUGAUGCCAUUGUUAAUACAUUGAGAAGGGAAUUUUUAUUAAGAGUAUCAUAUCUUGAAGUUUAUAAUGAAAAAGUUAAUGAUCUCUUAAAUAAAAGUGCAACCGAUUUAAAAUUGCACGAAGAUAAUGGACAAAUAGUUAUAAAAUGUAAAGAAGAAGUAACUAACAGCCCUGAACAUGUUUUAUCGAUAAUGAAAAAAGGAAACAAGAAUAGGAGAAUAGGAGAAAUUGAUAUGAAUGAACGUAGUAGUAGAAGCCAUACAAUAUUUCGCAUUACUAUAGAAAGCCGGAAAACUGAUGCAGAAUCAGAUGGAGCAAUACAAGUUUCUCAAUUAAAUUUAGCAGAUUUUGCUGGUUCGGAAAGAGCAGGUCAAACAUGUACUACUGGAGAACGUUUUAAAGAAGGUCGACUUAUCAAUAUGUCUCUUUCUGCAUUUGGAUUAGUGAUAAAGCAAUUAAGUGAAUCCCAAGAUACACAAAAACAUGUUAAUUUUCGAGAUAGUAAAUUAACGAGAUUGCUACAAAAUUCAAUAGGUGGAAAUGCUAAGACGGCAAUGAUAUGCACUAUAACACCUGCCGCAUUAGAAGAGUCUUACUAUACAUUAUCAUUUGCGUCGCGUGCCAAGAAGGUCGAAAAUAAACCACAGAUUAAUGAAGUUAUGUCUGAUGCGACUCUUUUAAAGCGUUAUGCCAAACAAAUAUCCAAACUCAACUGUGAGCUAGAGAAAAUUAAAAAAGAAACAAUUGAAGAAAUGGAAAACAGAUUGCACGAAAAAGAUCGUAUUAAUCAACUUCUGGAGACCAAAUUUGUAUCUGGGAAUAAUGCAAAUAUUGAAGACUCGUCGUUUGGGUGUAGAUCUAAAAGAAGAAGAACUUGGGCAGGACCUACAUUUAAACAAAAUGUAUCAACUUUUCAACCGUGCCAAGGCUUACCCACGAUAAAAGAAAUGUCACCGGUAAAGCCUAGUAGAAAAAGUAUUAUUCAAACUGUCAACUUAAUGGAUCAAUCAUUCCAAAUAGCUUUCACGGAUUUUGAGUUAGAAUUAAUUAAUGAUGAAAAAGAUAGAGAAGAUGAUGAUUCCAUCGAUAGCCUCAAAGACGUGUUUAUUACAAAAAAUAAACAUAAACAUCGUGUAACAUUCAUGGACGAUAUGAGCAUUUAUAAACCAAAUUAUGAUAUUUAUGAGAGUACACCUAUAAAAAAAGAUACAUCAUAUCAGACAAACGAUAUUGAAGAAGAUCAGUCUCAUACACCGAAAAAAGUUUUACGCGAAAGAAUAACAUAUUUAGAACAAGAAUUUAAUAAACUUCGUGAAUUCAUAACAUUAGAAAAACAAGUGUAUAUUGAGGAUCAUCAAUGUUAUUCCGCUAAAAGAUAG